GCAAUGCUGAUUGUUCAUGGCGCAUUGUAGCUCCAAGUGUGUAUGAAAAGGUUAUCAUAAACAUUGAAGAUUUCGAUUCAGAAAGUACGACUUCCGACUACAUGGAUCUGUAUGAUGGAUAUAACUCUUCAGCGACCCUCGUUAUCCGGAUGGCUGUGACAAAUAGAAAGACUGUAAAUGCGUUUGUUAGCAGCAGUGACGUGUUGUAUAUAACAUUCGUAUCCGAUUAUUCUAUUCAGUAUUCGGGUUUCCAAAUUCUUUACUUUUCAAAUAACACAGCCAGCCAACCGGCAUGUGAUGAAAUUCUAGAUGUAUCGUCACAAGAGCAAGUUUUGAUGUCACCAAAUCUACCUGAUCCGUAUGACGCGGUUCAUUCCUGUUCAUGGUCAUUUUCAUCGACCACUGGUAUAUUGUUUCAAAUAAAAUUUCUGGAUAUGGGAGAUUGUGGUCAGAGUCACUUGAGAUUCUAUGAUGGUAAUUCAACGGACGACAAUCAGUUAGCCACUGAAUGUUCCACGGCGUUAACAUAUGAGUUUGACAACAUAAUCACAACAGGUUUUGUCGGCCAUAUUGCAUGGACAGUUACCAGCCCAUCGUCGGAUUAUUAUGGUUUUAUGCUUGUUUACAGGACAAAUGUCGUUACAACGACAAGUAUUUCUACCACUACUAUUACUACGACCACUCCUUCUCCUACUACUACCACUUCAACUACCACUACUUCUACUACUACAACAACAGUUUCUACAACGACCAUGACGCCUGGUGUAUCUGAUAACUGUGCCGAUUCAGGGGCGUACAUAAUGUUUAAACCAAGCUGCACUUGGGCGUUUACCGUUUCUUUUUUUAGCCUAAUCUUGUUACUCACAAUUCUGUGCGAUUAAUAGCAAUCUGCCCAUAUUUUGUCACCUGUCGCUAUGUUAGAAUAUAACCUUAAGCCAUGUAUUGGACAAACCUUCUAACCAGACUUCGUUGUUUAACGUUUUAGUGAACCAAAUUAUUUGAAAUUUUACUUAGAACAAUAUUAUGUUACAUGUAGCAUUUUGAAAAAUUUAUGUCUACGUUUUACAAUUUCGUGUACGACCAGAAAAUACUGACGCUUUGGCGUGUAGAAAGUUGCAAAUUCUGAAUUUUGGAAUUUUUUAAAGGCGACAGAAGUAUACAUUUACUAAAAGUGUAUAGUUUUAAACAAUUAUUGCUAUAAAUAUUAGCAAAAUAUUUGGAAUAGCGGCACAGUAGAAUUGGAUCCUUGACAUUUUAGAAUUAUUACCCUUUUAAUACUUCAUGUUAAAAUAUUGGUAGAUGUUUUACAUUUGGAAGUUAACGUUGAUAAUCAACGCUAAUUUCAAUCUUAGUACGUGACGGACCCCUGUUACAGUGGAAAUUAAUUAGAUUUAGCCUUUAGCCUGCUGUCGGCAAGUGAUUCUGUGAUUCUGUCUUUGCGACCAGUGCAGACCAAGAUCAGCCUGCACAUCCAUGCAGUCUGAUUAUGGGCUGCCAGUUCGCAAUUCAGUCAGUAAAUCUUUAGUGAACAGCCCUUCAAAUGAUAAAUAGUAUUGCCCAAAUUGAAUAAUGGACCAUUUUGAAAGUUCAGCUGGCUAAAGGUUAAAAUACUUGGUACUUAAGAACCAAAAUAAUGUGUCACAUGGACUUACUUCGUAAAAUGAACAUAGAAAAAUAAAUAAAGAAAAUGUCUCCUUCUUUUGAAGAUAACACGUUUUCCAGGUAACGGCUAUUGUGGUCACAGUUUCAAAGCUUUGUCUAAAAUUUGUCGUUGAUAGUGUUGGAGCCUAAUGUUAAUCCAAUACGAUGGUUCAGCAAAGUUAUAAUUUGAGCAGAUUGUUGCAACACGUUCAUGAGUGAUUAUUAGAUUACAACUUUCAAAUUUUCUAAUGUAGUAAUAUUUGGGAAAGUGUAGAAAAUACAUCGGAUUAUGGGCUAAGUGUGAUAGCAUUUGAUAGGUAAUUAGAGCUACUUGAUUUGAUUUGAAAUUAAGUGGUAAAGAAGCUGAACAACUCGAGAAAUAUUUAGACUUUACACAGCAUUAACACUUUCCGGAUGAGGCUUUUUUACUUUUUCAUUAUCAUUACGUGAUGUAAAUAGUAUUAAUCAUUCUAUACAACGGGUGCAAAAACACUUGGAAAUGUUUAUAAAAAUGGCCCGUGCUGUUCCAUUGAUAACAAAUAUUCAACAGACACUGUUAGUAAUAAAUUCAAUUUGUUUAUUUAUAGGUAUCAUGACGCUUCUUUUUUCAUACAUAAUAUUAUGUAAUGUGUCAUAAUAAAUAUAAAAAAAAAUAUUAGUCAAUAAAAACACAAUAUGUUAAAAAAUUUGACUUUCAUAGCCAAAUUUAGUAUCAAAAUGAUUGUCUUGAUUUCAGGAUUAUGUUUUUCAUAAUUUCAAUAUUCAAUUCUGAACUUUGUUCCAAAGAUCUUAAAACUCACAAAAAAUUCUUAUAUAUUUUGUUAAAACAUUGUCUGGUAUGUAAGGCAGCUUUUUAGUCCUGGAAUGUUGUUACUAUCUUAUGGCUUCCAUUAGCACCUUUAAUUCUGUUAAGGAUGUUUGUCUUUAGAAUAGGCUUUCAGCUUUGUAUAAGUUGAUAAGUUAUCGCCUUGUUAGGUAUUAAGUUAAAUUGGUGUAAAUACCUUCAAACCAAGAAGUUCUCGAAUUCUCUGGCACCUCCCACUCUGUACCAUGUAAUUAAAUCAGUCCAAUAAUAUUUUACUAUUUGUUUCAAAGAACCAAUCAUCUAUGAAAAUGAUAAGUAACAUUUUGAUUGGUUUUUUAGUUUUUUUUAAGUUUGAGUUGUGGCACUCUAUUUUUGAAGAGAGUUGAUUCUGGACCUCCAGACAUUUAAAACGUGAAGAGAGUUUUUAUUCUGGACCUCCAGAGAGUUUACAUGUAAAAAUAAUUAAUGUUGGACCUCCAACGAGUCAACACAUACAAAGUACAGAUUAAGUUAAUUUUGGUUUUCCAAAGUCUCAAGCUAAACUUUAUGAAUCUUAUAUGUUCUGGACCUCCAGAUCGUGGAUUACAAGUGAUUUAUUGAGGACUUCCUCCUUAGUGUUUAGAACUGUAAUAUAUUAUGUUUUUAAAGAAUCAGGAUUUCCUGUGGACAUAGUGAUAAAUAAAAG